AUUAUAGUACCUAUAGUCAAGCCGCAGCUCAGCAGGGCUACAGCGCAUAUGCACCUCAGCCAGCUCAAGGAUACGCACAGACCACCCAGACGUAUGGGCAGAGUUACGGAACCUACGGACAACCCACCGAUGUCAGCUACACACAGCCCCAGACGACUGCGACGUACGGGCAGACUGCGUAUGCGACGUCCUACGGGCAGCCUCCUACCGGUUAUACCACCCCAACUGCUCCCCCAGCAUACAGUCAGCCCGUCCAGGGGUACGGCACAGCCACCUACGAUACUAGCACCGCUACGGUUACCACCACCCAGGCUUCUUACGCAGCACCGUCCGCUUACGGCACCCAGCCUGCCUACCCAGCCUACGGGCAGCAGCCAGCAGCGUCCGCUCCCGCAAGACCCCAGGAUGGCAGCAAACCAGCAGAGACCAGCCAGCCGCCGUCGAGUACGACAGGCUACAGCCAGCCCAGCCUAGGGUAUGGACAGAGCAACUACAGCUAUCCUCAGGUGCCUGCCAGCUACCCCAUGCAGCCGGUCACUGCGCCUCCCUCCUAUCCUCCUACCAGCUAUUCCUCCACACAGCCAAGCAGUUACGAUCAGAGCACUUACUCCCAGCAGAGCACCUACGGGCAACAGAGCACCUACGGACAACAGACCAGCUAUGGCCAGCAGAGCAGCUACGGGCAGCAGCCGCCGCCGACCAGUUACCCUCCCCAGACGGGAUCCUACAGCCAGGCCCCGAGCCAGUACAGCCAGCAGAGCAGCAGCUACGGCCAACAGAGCUCGUUCCGUCAGGACCAUCCUAGCAGCAUGAACGUGUAUGGACAGGAAUCCGGAGGCUUUUCAGGCCCGGGAGAGAAUCGGAAUAUGAGCGGCCCUGAUAACCGGGGCAGGGGAAGAGGGGGAUAUGAUCGCGGAGGCAUGAGCAGAGGUGGGCGGGGAGGAGGACGCGGUGGAAUGGGCAGCGCUGGAGAGCGAGGUGGCUUCAAUAAGCCUGGUG